CCAAAGCCUGCAAUCCCGAAACCCCAAAUUUGAUUGGAUCUCACAAAACGUUGAUCCAAUGAAAAGACCUCUUUUAAAUGUAUUUCGGUAGUAUCUCUAAUAUGGCUGCCUCUGGUACAUUGCUUUUUCAACGCGGAGGGCAUGGAAGUGACAGUGAAAAUGAUCUCUGGGAUGAUACAGCUCUGAUAAAGGCAUAUGACAAUGCAAUCAGUCUAGUCAAGGCUCAAAUUAAAAAAGAUCAGGGAUUAACAGAUGAAGAGAAACCAGAAACUACUGAUAAAAAACGUAAGAGUGGAAAGAGGAAAAAAAGGCAUCGGAAAAAGAAACAGUGGAAGCAAGGGGACCAAUGUCGAGCGGUUUUCUCUGAGGACGGUUUGGUGUAUGAUGCAGAGAUACUUUCUGUGGAUCUGCAGGCAGGAACGUGUGUUGUGAGGUAUCGGGGCUAUGGGAAUGAAGAGGAGCAGAUACUGGAUAACUUAAAACAUGCCCCUGGUCGAAGAUCCCGUCCACAGAAACUGUCUGAUCCAGAGGGAGGGAGUUUGGCAGACAGCAUGGACUGGUGUGGUCAAAGGUCAGACACUUCCAGCCACCCUGCAGGGUCCACUCACAACAGGCACACACCUAACCAGAGGGGAGGGUUUUCCUGGCCUGGUGGGCCUCCAAUGCAAGGAUUUCCGUCACAGUUUUCAUUCCCUGGAGUGCCAUCAUUUCCUAAUUUUACUGGUCCAUUACCACAUUCAAGUAGUAUCCCCUUUGUGCCACCACCUCCACCUCCAAUAGAAGAUGGUAUAGAUGGUGACAAUGAGGCCAUGUGUUCUAUGUUGAUGGCCUGGUACAUGAGUGGGUACCACACGGGAUACUAUCAGGGAUUAAAACAAGGAAGACAGCAAGGAGGGACAUCACCCCACCCAGAUUCAUUCAGAUAACUACUCAGUGCAUAGGAAAUGUGUCCAUUGACAAUUAGACAUGUAGAUAGAUACAACAUUGAGAGCUAUGUGCUCAGUUUGUUCAGCGAAUGAACAAAAAAGUUGCUUCUCUGUCAGUAAUGACAUUAUUACUGCUAUGUGUUGCCAUGUUUCCAUUUUUUGGGGGGUCAUAAAUAUUACAUACUGUAAAAGUGGUUAUUUUAUGCUGGUGGUUUAGUACUAGUACAUGUUUUCUAUGGUUUUCCAUGUGCAGGUAUUUAAUACAUGGAUAUGUGAUUUACCACACUAGGGUAUUGAUUUUUUUAACCAUACGCAUGAGAGUAAUUUACCCAGUGUUUAUCUUUGUGCCUAACUAGUGUAAUUUUCUCCCUCACAUAAAUAACCACUUUUCAGUACAUAAUUUUAUUUCGAAAUGAUCAAGAUUCCUGAAUUUACUUUAAGUAAUUUACUAAAUGUCUGUCAACAGAUAUCUGCAUCGAUCAAACAUCGCUACCAAAUAACUCUCAAGUAAAAUUACUUGGAGUCAAUUUCUUGUAAGAAAAUUUGAUAUUUUAAAUUUAGCCAGAACUGGUUUCAGUGUAAAUUAAUCGUAAGAUUUAUUUUUGCAAUUUGAAACAUUUAUCUGUAUUACUUGACUUGAAAAGUAAAUCCACAAAGUGGUAAUUUUUUGUACAAAAUAAAUAAUUCCAAAUUUUA